UUUAAAUAGUACAAAAGUUUAUAGCCGUCACAUGUCCCCAUUCAAGCUGAUUUAAACUCGUUGUUGACACUGAAAUAUCUGUGAUUGCAGGCACGGUAAAAAAGAAGAUAAAUAGUUUUUGACAAAAUAACACUAAGAAAACUUUACGAUAAAGGGGAAAUAAGCAAAUUGGAAUACAGAGGAUGAUAUCAGAACACAAUAAGACAGUUUAUACCUUGCACUGGAAAUAGGUAUUACACCUAAAGAUGAUGAGCAGAAUGCAUCUACGAGAUAGAGGGAAAUUACAAAGGAAGCCGUCAGAAAGACUUGUGGACAAAAAUUCCCGCACACAUAUUUCCGCUAAAGGCAUUCGAGGUUGGCGAAAACAAUAUAUGUUUGACUUUUUCACCACAAUGGUAGAUAUAAGAUGGCGUUGGAACAUACUAAUAUUCGUUGGCGGAUUUGUAGUCACAUGGUUGAUAUUUGCCAUUUUUUAUUGGAUAAUAGGAUUUUUCAAUGGAGAUUACGAAGACGACAACAGUGAUCUUCACAAACCCUGCAUUAAGAAUUUACGUUCAUUUUUAUCAGCAUAUUUAUUUUCAAUAGAAACACAAAGUACUAUUGGAUAUGGGUUUUAUUAUGUUACAGAGGAAUGUUUGAUGGCCUAUACAUGUGUUCUUCUGCAAUCUAUUCUUGGGGCAGCGCUACAAGCUGCAUUGGCGGGACUGGUAGUUGCCAAAGUAAGGCGAGGAAGGAAAGAUAAUAACACAAUUAUUUUCAGUAGUAAUGCAUGCAUUUUAGCUGAUGGUGCACAAUUAAAAUUAGUGUUUAGAGUAGCAGAUACUAGAAAAAUUCAUGCAAUUAAUGUCAAUGUUAAAGGAUAUUUGUUUCGUAAAAUAGUAUCAGAAGAAGGAAAAAAUAUUCCUAUCAAACAAGAAAUUGUGAAUUUUAAUGUGGAAGGAGGUUGUAAUGGUUUAUACUUAGCGUGGCCCCAGCAAAUUGUUCACAUCAUAGAUGAAAAAUCGCCAUUUUGGAAUCUUUCUAAAGAAGACUUACAACAAGAAAAUUUUGAACUUAUUAUUGUAUUUUUUGGUGAAGUAGCAACUGUUGGGAGACCUUUUGAAACAGAUGUAUCCUUUUUACCAUGGGAUAUAAAAUGGGGGUACAAAUUUCAGGCUAUGGAACAUAAAAUUGACAACGAAAUCGACAGAUUUUAUGUAGACAUUGGAAAUUUUAAUAAAGUUUUCCCAGUGCCUACCCCAACAUGCAAUGCAAAAGAGCUCAAACUUGCAAUGUCGAGGAAUAGUUUGAACUUGCCAGAUUAUAUACGAGAAAAUAUGAAACAACCAAAAUCUAGCCCUCUAUUUAGUCGACAAAACAGUGUUGCUGAUAAAUAUUUAGACGCCCCCAUUUCAGGCUUCAAUGAAACUGAUCAGUUUUCUGCUCUACCACAAUAAGUUUCAGUAGAUAAACUUACAAACUGACAUAAUCUUUACACUUCGAUAUUUAUAAAUGUAAAUACAUUUUUCAUUCUUUCA